UGGGCAAGAUAGAGAGAGGGAGUCCUGCUUGUGCUUGCUUCUCCAGAGAACCCUGUUUAGUGUCCUGAAGCUUAAAAGCGCUUGGCUCCAACUUCCAGGACUCUUUUAAUAUCUCUGGGAACCUUUGCUCUUAAGUAUUCCUGGCUUUUGUGACUCCUGGGAAUGUUGUUCUUGCACAUGUUCCUCCUGUCUUUGGCCCUGUGCCACUGGGCAUAUGCUGCAGACUCUCAUAACUUCACUAUGGUCCACCACACUUACUUUCCAAACAAGACUCUGGUGGAAACUGUUGGUCAUGCCACUCUGGAUGGGACACACACCCACAGCCUGGAGAGCCAUAAUGGGCAUGUCAAUGUGAGCCAGUUGCUCCCACUGGAGUCUACAGAUCUCUGGGAGAUGAGGAGAACCAAGCUGCGGGAUUAUCUAUCUCAGUUGAAGAACCUGAUCUAUUUGCUCACCCAAGAAAGAAAUAUAUCAUACCCCCUCGAAGUACACUGCACUGCAACAUGCCAGCUCUCUGAGAAUGGUACCAGCAGCUUCUUUGAGGUUUUGCUCAAUAAGGCUGAAUUCCUGAGAUUCCAUGGAGCCAAGAAUCACUGGGAACCUUUACAAGAAACAUCUGCAGCUAUCUAUGCCAGUACAAAUCUGAACAAAUAUAACGAGACCAGGGAACAUCUACAGUUUUUCCUACAGGAAACAUGUAUCAACUUCAUCAGAGAACACACUGAUGUGAAAGGAGCCUUAACUGGGAAACGGGAAGGACGCCCACACACUCCAUUGGUGUUAGGCAUCAUUCUUGGUGCCCUUGCUAUAAUGGCUUUCGCUGUUUGCCUCUUCCUAUGCACUGGUGGGAGGAGAUAGCACCAGUCACCACAGCAUUUGGACUACCAACUCUCUAGACUGCCUAGUCCAGUUCAACAUAAGCGGGAAGAUGUAGACUCUUAUGCUUGCCAUUUUCUUUCACUCUGACAUUACUGAUAUGUAUGAUGAACGAUCAAAGAGAAGCAGCAAGGCUAUCAGUAUCACUGGGAUAUUUACUGUCUUCGCAACCUGGAGAAAAGCCCCCUUCACCCAUCCUUCCAAAAGUCUGAGGUUUCCAGUUUGGACACUCUGUGGCUGGGAGAGCCCCACCUGAUACAUUUUAAUCAUGCUGCACCAUUCCUGACAUGUAGUGACUUUUGAUCCAUUUCCAGCCCCAUUCACAGGGUUGAUUUUCACAUAAAUGCUUUGAACAACUUGGGAUCAAGGAACUCCAAGAAUGCCCACAUCACCUGUGUACCUGCCUCAUGAUAUUAGAGUACUCUGACAGUCCCCUCAUUGUAAAGCUGAGGCUUGUUACAAACAUGUUUCUUUUGUUGUAAUCUCUUGGCUCUGAAAUCUUUUUCUUGGAUAUGAAAGUUUAAAUUCCUUAUCAUCUACGUUGCUAGCAUUUUAGCACAAGCCUGGGUUUUUUUUGUCUACAGGUAGCAAAUGGAUGAAAUAUUCUAACGCUGUUAAUAGCUCAGAUCUAUUGUUUUAGUCCCUGCAGUGAUUUUAGGUUUUGUGCUUGUGGUUGUAUUUUUUAGUAUCCAUAUUAUAUUUAAUGUUGUGUAUGUAUGUUAGGUUUAAGGCUUUGUUGUAACCUUGUAUUUUAGUUGUAUUAUUCCUAUGUUGAUAUUUUUUAACAGUUUAAAUGGCUAAAAACACUAGAUCCUCUUUGAUCUUGGAAGCUAAUCCAGGUCCGCCCUGAAUAGUAUGGAUGAGAUACUACCAAGUCACCAGGUUAUUUCAGAGGAAGAAACUUGCAAAACCUCCCAUGUAUUUCUUCCCUAAGAAAAUCCUAUGAAAUUCAUGGGUUUGCUAUUAGCUGGUGGGUGACUUGAAGGAACAUAGACACACUUUUCCCUCCAAAUUAUACUGUACAAUGCUUAAGAAAAGCACUUUGUGGGGCAUUUAAGAGGUACAUUUGUAUGUACACAUUAGUGGACAGGGCAAGAGCAAGUUCACAAAGCACAGUAUAAAAGAACAUGUUCACGCAUCUUGUUCUGUUUUUCCUCAUUUUGAUGCAUCCUGAAAAACAGAAUUAUUACCAGUAUUUUUUAUUUUGUUGCAACAGUUUGAAAGAGUCAAACAGGAUUUAUGAAUGGAUUUUAAAACUCUAUUGCUAUGCUAUGUGCUGAUGACUACUGGGUUGGAAUAACUUAUGAGGAAUAUAUCCAUCGGCAGUUAUUAAACAGGUAGACUAAAUUAAAUCUCCAUCCCCAGAGGCAGUAUGUCAUUGAAUAUCAGUUGCCAAGAAAGUAGAACAAUGGAGUAUUAUUGCCUUAUUUGUGAACUUACUGGAUGCAUCAGGUUUGGUUACUGUUAAAAGAGGACAUUUAAUAAGAUGGGUUGUAUUGUAGGAUCCAGUAGAGAAGUUCUUAUCAUGACUCUAGAUGUAGAGUUAGGCACCACAUUAUAGAUAUUAUGGCUUAAGAAAAGGCAUUAAUAUCAGAGUCGGGCAGGUAGCAUCUAAGGCAACAAAAACAGCAGUUGCGUAUUUUUGUAACUGCUAAAUCGCUCCAAAACUCCCCCGUCCCCUCUCUAGUUUGACAGAAGGCAACACAUAUUUUUUUCAAUAAAGACAAAACAAGCAUCUAGAAAUAGUUGGUGGAGGUGUGUCCAUAAGAGGAAUUGGGAACAGCAAAGACUAGAAAUAAUGCUUCUUGUAAAAGUACCAUUAAGCCUCUCCUUGAAACAGAAUGUACAAGAAAGCAAGAUUCAGCUACUUUUCCUUGAAUAUUCCUGACAAUAUGAGAGAAAGUGAACCUUGAACUAUAACAUGAGGUACAACUAAUUUUAUCCUUGCAACAGAACUAAGUAGGAAAUCACAAAUGGUUAAGUAGCUCAUGUAUAAAUUUUUAAGUGCUUUGAAAAAAAACAACAACCAACGUUUGAUAAAUGCUCCGUUCAGGCUUUCUGGAUUAUAUCUCAAAUUGCUUUCUGAAGAAACACAGACUUGGGGGUUACAGAUCUCAGUUGCAAAAAAAAGUCUUUGAAACACCUCCAUUUCUGUUUUUGAGCCCAAGCUCAUAAAAAUAUUUCUAACAACAUGGAGCAGCUGAGAGGGCAACUGGCUUUCUGAAUGUUAUUAAAUGCAUUUUUUUAAUAAAUCCAUUCAAACUAACAAA